AUGGAAUGCGAUGACUUAGCCGUGCUGGAUGAUACUAAAGACGCCGACCAGUUUCGAACCGGUGUGGUAGCCGCUCGCACAUUAGGUGCGGCGUUUCCCCCGUCGCCCUUGAUGAAAACAAGGGCAUUGUCUGAUGGUGGCAGCAGCACACCAUGCCGCAGCCGAUUGUCCCCGUCGCCGCUGCUGCUCGGCACCUCCGAUCGUCCGACGUGCAAAGAUGACAGCUCGAUAGGCAGUUCUAGCAACGAUGCCUUCCCCGUGACACCGCGACGACAAGCGGCUUCUUUCCAAGGCCGAAGCAUGGCUGUUCAUAUGCCAGCCGACAACACGCUCUUGUCACACCCGCAGCAUCUCCAGGAACAACAGCAGCAGCAGCAGCAGCAACGACAACAACAACAACAACAACAAGAACAACAAGAACAACAAGAACCAGAUGCAACUCUCCCCCAUUCCAAAGACGUGGACCCUCAGCCCCCAUCCACCCCUGUUUCGGCUGCCAGUGGUGCAUACCUGCUGCACCAGCAGCUUCACCAACACCACCCUUACCACAACCAACCGACAUACAUGUCCAAACCCAUACCCCUUUCACCCAAACUCGACCCAUCACAGAUAUAUGCAUCGCCAAACAAUAUUUUACCCCGCCGGUCCCGGGGCCUCGACUUUUCGAGGGCGGCUACGAGCCUGCACCAUUCUACUCUUGCUGAACAGUCGUCAGGUUCGUCGCCUGUUUCUGGCGGCAUUGGAGGUGGUUAUGUCGCCAUGAAUAUUCCUGGACGUAAACCCAACGACUAUGUCGGUGCGACUGAAUCAUCAACAUCACUAUGGUCAAUGAUGGGACGAAGCCAAGACAAGGUAUACCCCUCCAGUUCAAUAGGAAGCGUCAACGUCGCAGCAUGCUCGGAGUCCUCGUCGAGUUCUGACGAAGACGAGGAUAUGGACGAAGACACAGACGAGCCUUUUAUCACAACACCACAGGUUAGCAAGACCAGCAGUACGCACAUAGGUGGCCCACAAAUUUCCAUGCCGUGGAUGCCCAGCUCCCCUGCCAUGAACAGUCUUCUCUCUUUUACACACCGCCAGCGUCCUCGAAAACAGCCCAAGCGUAAAGCGCGCGGGCCGCUUGGGAUGGGGUUCAGCUCCAAUGCCGUCCCAUCCGCGCCUACAACGUCUGGUGCUGGGGCAAGCACCAUGUCGAAAUCACCACCGUCUGGCUUUGUCUUGGGACGCGACAGCCAGGCGCUGCAUCAGCAACACCCACGGCGCGAGAGUAUUAGUUGGGCAGCUAACCAGCUGAACAUCUCGGGCAGCGAAAGUGACGACAACCACAAAGCAAAUAUGGACUCGGGCGAAAUUUUGGGGCCUCACCGUGGUGUUGUCCGUCGUGCAGUGACCCGGCGAGGAAACCUUCUUGUGAGCAUGCCUUUCUAUUUUACGUAUUUCGCCCGAUUAUGUGCGAUUUCAUGGACUGACAAAAGGCAGCCGAAAACAAAGGGCUUUGCACGCAUUCGAGCAGCCCUUGCGGAAGAAAGCGCCCCAGCAGAGGCCGACUUUCGCCGCGAAGCGGAAGUUGUACGCCUGCUUGAGAGCGACAUGGAACAAACGGAACAUCGUCUUCCCAUUCCAUUGCCGCUUCGCUCGACAACAACUACUGCCAACUCCAGCCCCAGCAUGUUUGACAGCAUGGAUGAUCUAGCAGAUGAUGUGAUGUCCAUGGAUGCUUCAGCGGGGCUGGGCCUUUCGGUUGGAAUUGCAAAGCAACAGGCCGAUAAGAACGCUGCUGGAGGCAGCCGCCCAUUUUGGUCCCGCAUUGGGCAACACUCUACUGGCAAUCUUGACCACGGCCGGAAAGCAACUACUCCGCCACCCCACCAACUCAGAAGCUAUUCGGCGUCCAGCGUGCCUGACGACACGUCCAUGGACUCACCGUCCGCAAGUGGAAACAGUGCCAGUGGCAAUGCCAUCUUCCCCAGUGGUGGUAUAUUUCCCAUGACCACGACCAGCUCUUCGGGGCGCGACACACCGCUACAAGGGCAGAUCGCAGCAUCUUCGAUCGGUGGCGGAGACAACCAGCAGAUGCAACCGCAGCAAACAUUACAGCAGCAGCAGCUUCAACAACCUGUGCUACCUAGUGCAGCAGAGAUUACGCGGCGUAUCAACAGCAAACGGCGCCGAGAUGAUGACCUCGACUUGGUUAGCUUAAAGCGUCGCGCUGUGAGUCCGGGCAUGAGCGUGCAUAACAGUCCUGUCAUGCAAAGCCCGCUACAACGAGACUCACUUCCCUGGGGCGGGACUAGCAUAGGUACACCAUCGAAUGCGUUGCGCCCGGACAGCGGUAGCGGUCCCGGGGGUGGGAUCGGAAGCAUAGGGCUGUUUGAGGUACGGAACAACAACAGCGGCGACAGCAGCAGUCCCAACAGUAACAGCAACAACGGCAGUACCGUGAACACAAACAGCUCGAAUAGCGGCCGGCGAGUCGCUUCUAACACGAAAACCCGCAUCGGAUACCAAGCUAUGGCAGAUGCCAACGACAGCAUCACGCGACUUAGUAUUGAGUAA